AUGCGAGUGAGAUCUGGAUCGCCUCAGCUGCCUGAACUUGGGGUGGACAUGGAGGUUGGUUUUUUGCUUUAUGGACCUCCGGGUUGUGGGAAAACAUUGAUUGCAAAGGCUCUAGCCAACGAGGCAGAUGCCAACUUUAUACAUAGUAAGGGCCCUGAGAUUCUGAGGAAAUAUGCUGGAGAAAACGAGCAAGAAGUUAGAACAAUAUUUAGCCGUGCGAGAACUUGUUCUUCGUGCAUACUUUUCUUUGAUGAAGUGGAUGCUUUGACACCAAAGAGAGGAAGAGAAGGAGCGUUGGUUGUGGAACGGACCCUAAACCAACUGCUUAUAGAAUUAGAUGGUGCUGUUCAGCGGCGCGGUGUUUACGUUAUUGGAGCUACGAAAAGGCUUGAAGUGAUCGACCCUGCCGUUCUACGGCCGGGUAGAUUUGGAAGACUUUCUUACGUCCCUCUUCCAACUGCAGAGGAACGGGGUUUGAUUUUGAGAGGACUUUGUCUUAAAAAGCCUGUUUCUCCGGAUUUUUAUUACACCGCCCUUGCUUCUAGAGAGGCAUGUAGGAAUCUCAAUGGGGCUGAUCUUGUUGUUCUGGUAAGGCAAGCUGCCAUGAUUGUGAAGGAGGAGAAACAGUUGCAUGUGGACCAAGGGAUUUCGUAUGAUACACCAUUUGUGAUAAAGACAUCACAGUUUGAAAAGGCCCUUGAGACGAUCGUCCCGUCGGUCUCAGAGGAGCAAAGGCGUUACCAUGAGGCCUUGUCCCAGAACUUACACAGUAUCAUGAAAUGA